CAUUCCAGCUGGCAGCAGACCACAAGAAGCAACCAAGGUUAUUCUUUUCGCUGGAAAAAAGCGGACGAUGAUAGGCGCAGUCGAGACGGCGAUCGGCUUCUGUUGUUGCGCAGUUUCCUCACCAUGCGUUUCAAACUACACAUUUGACGAAAGUACGAACGGAUAUUGUAAUUAUAUGAUAUAUAUACAACGACAGGACCGUCAUUCUCCCUCAAUGGGCACAACACCGAGCAAACUACCCCACCUAAAGUUUGGUAUGUUAAAAUUGGUGCGCCAUCGUCUGUUGCAACGUUAUGAGCACGAGCCCUUCGUCUCGUGUCUCUCCGGACUUCAGUGGAAACACAACCAGCGCACCCGCGCCCAGUACGGACACUGCUGCUGCUGCUCUAAGCUGGAAUGUGGCAGUUUUGCGCUGAUCGUUUUGACGUUUUUUGUCACUCUAGUGUUUCUCUACUUCUGGGGAAAAGUGCAGAAUGACUACAAUGACUUUGACUGGUUUAACUUUGGAAAUCUGGGCUUCUGGUUUCCAUGGUCCAUGGUUUUGUUGAUUCUUGCAGUUUGUCUAUUCACCUAUGUUGCUGUCCUUUUGCUGCUGGCGGUUUGUCUUCUUUCAGAAGGUCAGAGGUUAUAUUAACACUGGUGUCACAAGAUUGGCAUCAUGGUGACUUUGAUUCUCUCAGAUUUAUGGAGGAAGGAGUGGCUCACUGUAGUUUUAUCUUUCCAGGUAACUGCUCCAUAUCUACACAUAGGUGGGAUAGCGUUAAUGACUUUGUUAUCUUGGACCAUAGUUCAUGUCUUCCGGAUUAAUUUGAGAGUACGACGAAUGGCCAUUGUGGUGCUGUAUAAAGCAGUUCUAAUGACUCUGUACCUGGUACCUCUGGGCAUCCAUUCCCCCUGCAUUAAAGAGAGGAACAGUUUAGUGCCGGCUCCUGCAUUAAUUGGACACAGGGGAGCACCGAUGCUUGCUCCUGAAAAUACAUACAUGUCUUUCGAGAAAGUAGUGGCAGCUGGCAGUGAUGGUUUAGAGACGGAUGUCACCAUCAGCUAUGAUGGAGUACCUUUUCUCAUGCACGACAAGAACUUAUGCAGGACAACCACCAAUGUGAAGGAAAUAUUCCCUAACUGGACAGACGUCUCACCUGCCAUGUUUAGAUGGAGGGAGUUAAAGAGUCUCAAUGCAAGCUCUUGGUUUUUUCAUGAAGACCCCUUUGGAACAGCUUCUUCUCUGAGUUCAUAUGAGCGCAUGCAAGUUCAGAAUUAGUCUGUUUGCACACUGAAGUCUUUUCUGGAUUUGGCUGCUCAUCACGGGAAAUUUGUGAUAUUUGAUUUGUACCAGACACCCAGGGGUCACCCUUAUAGAGACGCCUGGAUAUCUCGCACCCUGGAAGUCAUCCAGAAUGAGUCAUCUAUUCAUUCAAGUCAGGUGUUGUGGUUGUCUUCUGAGCUCAAAGAGUUUGUGCAUGACAUCGAUCCAGAGUUACAGCAGACGUCAAAUGACCAGGCGGCAGUGAAAGACCUUCAGCUUAGAAACAUAGUCAAACUCAACAUCCACUACAGCUCAAUGUCAGAGAAGGAUAUCAGAAAUUAUGCGGCUGCAAAUAUCAGCACCAACCUCUAUGUGAUCAGCGAGCUGUGGAUGUUUUCUCUUGCCUGGUGUGUGGGUACUCGCUCUGUCACCACAAAUGCUGUCCACAUCCUAAAAAACCUACAGAGGCCUCUCUUACUGAUGAUGCCAGAUGAGUACAGCCUCGUGUGGGAUCUUACUGACCUGACAUCCCUUAUUCUUGUAUUUAUUAUUUUUGUGUUUCACUGGUGGAGAGAACAUGGUUUGGCUCUCUGCGUGGGGAACAUUUCUGCACUUGAAAAUGGGUCGCUCAUAUAA